AUGGCAGCAAGCACCAGCUCAUCUUUAGGAGCUCCAGCACCAGGCCCUUCAGCUUCUCCUACCGUGACGCAUUCCUGGUUCAAGGACGCAGAUCAAAUUCGAUCAAAGACUGUGUUGAUUGUGCGAGAGCUUGAUAGGAUAUUGGCAGAGCUUGGUAGGCACCCUGAACAUGACAAAUUACCUGAAAUCAUUCAGCGCUAUCAAACCCUCUUACUGCUAUAUCGUGACUUGCUGACUGCUCUGAAAAAGACAUCUAUGAAUGUAUACUUGGGUGCUCCUUCUCAUGUGGACGUUAACAUGAUUGAUAUCUUACCAAAUCGAGAUCUACGUACAAAAUACACAAACCCAACACUCUCAGACCUGGAAACCAAACACAAGACAUCGGCCAUCGCUGCACAUUCUGAUAUCAAGGCAUACAACUCACUUGAUCAAAAUUCAGUUACGAAAGCAUUCAAUUCUUGGAAGGGGUGUAUAGAAGCCCAUGAUCGAAAGAUUGUUGGUGCGAGACGUGCUACACGAAAUAUCUCGGCGCAGAUGAAUUGGAGGCAGAGGAUACCUAGAGAAGAAGAAGAGGUCGAGGAAGAUGAUCCACAGAUCUCAAGAACGAAGCUGGAAGGAAUGCUGAAAUGGGUCUCGUCUGGGCCAGAUUUUACUGAUAUUGAUAAGGUGCUUGCCUCAUCAUCAGAUUGA